CACGUGGUGUUGAGGAAGUUUCCUUGUUGACAGGCGUGUGACUGAGGCGCUUCGGUCGGUGUCACACAAGAAUGGUGUAUGGUGACAAUCAUGGCAUUUCUGAAGAUUAAGGAGCGAACUAAGGAAAGAUUUUCUCUCUUGUUAUUGGAUUUGGAAGAGUAUUAUUUUGAACAGCACACUGCAUACAAUGUGACAAGAAGCUCAGCCAAGAAGAGAAAAAUCCGAGGCUCCUUCAAGGUCUGUUCCAGAUCAGUUAUUUUUGACCCAGAAGAUUUUACAGAGCCAAUUUUAAAGAUUCCACUCCGAGACUGUAAGCAGAUUGAGUAUGUAGAAAAAGAGACCAACCCGUUUAAUGAACCCAAGCCAUCCUCCAUUUCAAUUCUAUGUGAACAGGUUAUUUACAUCAAAGAAAACUGCAUCAUUUCUCCUUACAGAAAUGAGAGAGGCAUGAAGACAGUGCACUUUGAGCUGGAAGUGUGGAAUAAAACAGAAGAUGUCGUUCAAACGUUGCAUCAACUCCAUAGAGCGUCCUGUCUGGAAAAGCUCGGUGACCAGACUGCCAUGAUCACAGCCAAUCUUCAGUCCCGGCUGGCAAGGACAUCCUUUGACAGAUUCUGCUUUCAGAGCGUCGCUGAGAAGCCUCACAUGGAAUGUGCGGUAGAGAUGGUCCUACCUCUUGUGUCCAAUCCCGGCCACGUCUGCAUUACGAAUGAGAAUCUCUACUUUCAGCCACUUAAUGGCUAUCCGGAACAGGUCAUUCAGAUCAAACUGCAUAAAGUCCGGAGGAUCUACAAAAGAAGACAUGGCCUCAGACCCUUGGGGCUCGAAGUGUUCUGUUCUGAGAACGACUUCUGCUCGGACAUCUAUCUCAAGUUUUACAAUACGGCAGACAGAGAUGAAAUUUAUUAUUUUAUCGCCACAUUCCUAGAGAACCACAUGACAGAGCACACAGCAGAGAGUUACAUGCUGCAGUGGCAGCGCGGCCACCUGAGUAACUACCAGUAUCUCCUCCACCUCAACAAUCUGGCUGACCGCAGCUGCAAUGACCUCUCCCAGUACCCUGUUUUCCCUUGGAUCCUCGCCGACUACACGAGUACACAACUGGAUAUGACAAAAGUGGACACAUUCAGGGACCUCAGCAAACCUGUUGGAGCAUUAAACAAAGAGCGACUGGACCAGCUGUUGUGUCGCUUCAGAGGCAUGCCCGAGCCUCGCUUCAUGUAUGGCAGCCAUUACUCGUCUCCCGGCUACGUCCUUUUCUACCUGGUCAGAGUCGCUCCAGAACACAUGUUGUGUUUGCAGAAUGGCCGGUUUGACCAUGCAGAUCGCAUGUUCAACAGCAUUGGCGAAACAUGGAAAAACUGCUUAGAGGGGGCGACAGACUUUAAAGAGUUAAUUCCAGAGUUCUAUGGGGAUGACUCCAGCUUCUUGGAAAACCAUCUGCGUCUCAAUCUGGGCCGACGCCAGAACGGCAGCUUUGUUAGCGAUGUCCAGCUCCCACCUUGGGCCUCAGAUACUCGGGAUUUCCUUCAGAAGCACAAGAUGGCGCUGGAGAGUCAGUAUGUAUCAGAGCACCUGCAUGAGUGGAUCGACUUAGUGUUUGGUUUCAAGCAGAGAGGCAACGAAGCGGUCGAAGCCCACAACGUCUUUCACCCUCUGACCUAUGAAGGCGGCAUUGACUGUGACAGUAUGAAGGACCCUGACCAGAGGGUGGCCAUGCUGAUACAAAUACUGGAGUUUGGUCAGACCCCUACGCAACUCUUCACCACACCCCAUCCUCAGAGGAUCAUGGCAAGAUCCCAGAACAUCACCCGGAGCCUCAGCCUCACAUCGCCUGUCAGCGAACUGACCCCAGGGUCUCUGAACGAGGACUCUUCCUUUGAGGACUUGACAGAGGAGAGUCGAAAGUUGGCGUGGUCAAACAUGAGCCGGCUGACACCGGCCUCCCGGCACAAGAUCCAUAAGGAGGCAGUGACAGCAAUCGCUGUAACGCGAGAUGGUGCUUCUGUUUUCAGCACAUCCCAAGACUCGACGCUUAAGAUGUUCUCCAAAGAGUUAAAAGACUUUCAAAGGAGCAUGUCUUUCUCCAAUAUGGCUUUAUCAUCAUGCCUGAUGCUGGCAGAUGGUCAAAUUGUGGUCUGUUCUUCGUGGGACAAUAAUGUUUACUUCUAUUCCAUCCCUUACGGGAGGCGACAGGACACGCUGAUGGGUCACGACGACGCCGUCAGUAAAGUGCUUUGGUCCAAUGACAAGCUUUACACGGCGUCUUGGGAUUCAACUGUCAAGGUGUGGCAGUGUGAUCCUGCUGUUUUGUGCAGUCAAAAGAGAUCACAAUUUGAGCUGCUGGCUGAAUUGGAACAUGAUGCAGGGGUCAAUGCUAUUGGAUUGAAUCCAUCGGGGACUCUGCUGGUAUCAGGAUGUAAAGAUGGGGCCGUUACCAUCUGGGACACAGACACAUACGGCACCCUUCAGCAACUCGACUGCCAUGCUGCCACUGUCCACUGUGUGUCGUUCAGUCCGGACAGUCGACACGUUCUCAGCAUUGGCGCCGACUCCUUCAUGAAGGUGACUGACGUUCAGACGGGAAUGGUGAUCUCCUCCGUGAAAUCGGAGGAGGAGCUCAGAUGUUUCUGCUGGGAUGGAAACUCGGUGCUGUGUGGGGGCCAGUCCGGUGACCUCCUGCUCUGGGACUUGAUGAGCAGCACUGUAACCUCCAAGAUCUCAGCACAUUCAGGUCCAGUCACAGCUAUGUGGAUGAACGAGCUGUGCGCCACAGUGAUCACAGGCGGAGAGGACAGAGAAGUCAUCUACUGGAAGCUCCACAGUUAGAGUGCAGAUUCUGCAGAAUAUGUAUUUUUUCUUU